CGGCGUGCUCGGCGUGGAACUCGUCGGGCGGGCCCCGGUACAGGAUGUAGUCGGCGCCGAACUGAAAACCCGGCUUCACGACCCAGCCUUUGUUUCGGUAGAACUCGUAGACCAAUGAUAAUCGAGCGAAGGCCUCGUCGCCCUCGUAGCGCUGUCUCAGUUCCUCGUAUGAGACCUCUCGUUCAUCGUCGUAGACCGUCAACAGAUUUCUUUCCGUCAAGUACAGCGUCUCCUCUGGAGAUAACACAAGUUCGGCCCAGUGCCGCUGCGCCUCGGCGCCGCCCACGCCCCGUACUCGUCCAAAGCACCGUCCCUGGCCGUGCAAGGCUAAAAUUUCGCCGCGGUCUCGCGUCAUGCACGACGCCCCGUCGCCAAUCAAGUACGCGGUCGGGUGCUCGGCGAGCGGCGGUACCGGUGAUUCGGGGCGCGGCGUCGCCGCGGGCGCCGGUGCGGGCGUGUCCUCUUCUUCUUCUUGGGGCUGGCUUUGCGAUGCACCCAUGGUGUCGCGGCGACGGCCUUUGGAGGUGCGGUUCCCCGGCGCGGCCUGCCACGACAGUUGGCGGACGUGUGUAGGGCGUGAAGAGGUACUGCGCGCAGCAGUGGCACUCUCCCAGCGGUUGGUUUACGCGUUUACGGGCACGUUCAAUCGCUUUGUGAGAGCUGCUAGUGCCUUACAGGACGCUAGCCCUUAGUUUCCAAAAAUUGCCGCGCGUCGUCUUUCACGCAUAGUCGUGGGCUCUAGCUGUCUCUCGCGUAUUCAAAAAGUCAUUUGGACACGCAAAGCGCUAGUACGAGUUGCCUCCGAGGCCGCCGACGCGCCGGCACCAGCAUAAGCACCCAAAGCAGCACACCUCUUGCCAGACGCGCGCCGCACCAGCAUAGGCACAAGCAGCACAAUGUCCCUCCGCUUCGCCACGCGCCUCGCCAGCAAGCUCACGGCCGAGCGCACGCCCGCGAACUCGUUACGAGCGGCCCUCUGGUCGGCGGCCGCGGGCCUCGCGUUAUUGAUAAGCGCGUCCGUCGUAAAAACGCUCAAACGAAUCACGGACGACCACCACGACCCCGUCAAGGGCGACGGCCGAGCGCACCCGUUGUUUCGAGAAUAUGUAACGAACGCACAAGGCUUGAGGCUCUUCACGCGGGCGUGGCGAGCACAAAAACCGAAAGCUCUCGUAUUGAUAGUGCACGGCUUCGCGGAGCAUUCGGGACGGUAUACGGCGCUCGCGGAGGCUCUACGAAGUGCGGGGUAUGACGUCGGUGCCUUAGAUCUGCAGGGUCAUGGGAGAAGCGAGGGCACGCGCGUGCAUGUGAGACGGUUCUCGGAUUACGUCGCUGAUGUCGAGGUCGCGGCUAGAUAUCUCAAACGAAAACCUGAACAAAAAUUGAUCUUGCUGGGGCAUUCGAUGGGCGGUUUAGUGUCCAUACACGCGGCGGCAUCCAAUCAACUUACUGGUGUGAUUCUGUCGGCGCCGGCAGUGGAGCCGGACCCGGAGUUGGCCACGCCCCUGCUCAAGGCCGCGUGCCGUAUUUUGGGUAGGUUCCUGCCCAAGGCUCCCAUCGAAGAAAUAAAAGCAGCAGCUUUAUCAAGAGACCUCGCCGUCGUAGACAUGUACGAGAAUGAUCCUCUCGUCUUCCACGGCCACUGCUUGGCGCGGUGGGGCGCGGAGAUGCUGAACGCGAUGGACGCGUCGAUGGGCAAGGCGUCAAAGGCGACGGCGCCGUUAUUGGCCAUCCACGGGUCCGAGGACCGCGUCGUGGGCAUCGAGGGGACCCGCUCGGUCCUGGCGACCUGGGGCGGUCCUACUGCUGUCGAAAUUGUGGAGGGGGCGUACCACGAGACGUUCAACGAAUUGGAGCGGGAGGCGCUCUACGCGCGGGUUUCAAAAUGGCUCGACGGCGUCGUGUCGUGA